GAGCUGGAGCUUCAGCGCAGACACACAGACAGAGAAGCCCAGCUUGGAGGGGGGAAGAUGAGCCAGAGCGAAAGCCGAAAGCGGCCGAGAUCGCGGAGCCCCAGCGGGGCCGGCAGAUACACCAUGAUCCCGGAGAAGAGAGUUCCCCCGGUCAGGUUGGAAUCGAACUACGGGGACUGGGAUGUGGAGGAUGUCUGCUGCUUCCUGCGGAAGCAUGGGUUUGAGAAGUUCGAGCAGCUGUUCAGAGAUGAAAAGCUAUCUGGGAUCACUCUGCCCUAUCUGACAGAAUCUGAAUUGGAACAGUUAGGAGUGAGCACUCUUGGAGAACGAUUAAAGCUGAUCAACUGUAUUGAUGUGCUCUGGCAGAAGCCUAUUGAUACGAAGGUUUUUAAUGAUCCAAUCCACGGACACAUUGAGCUGCAUCCACUCCUCGUCCGGAUCAUUGACACACCACAGUUCCAGAGGCUUCGCUUCAUCAAGCAGCUGGGUGGGACGUACUUUGUGUAUCCUGGGGCUUCACACAACAGAUUUGAACACUCCAUAGGUGUGGGAUACCUGGCAGGCCAGUUAGUCAAAGUCCUAGCUGAACGGCAACCGGAACUGCAGAUUAACCACCGAGACAUUCUCUGUGUGCAGAUUGCAGGACUUUGUCAUGAUCUGGGUCAUGGGCCGUUUUCACACCUGUUUGAUGGAAAAUUUAUCCCUCUAACUCGAAAGGGUUUAAAAUGGAAGCACGAGGAUGCUUCAUUGUCUAUGUUUGAGCACUUGAUCAAAUCCAAUAGGCUAGAAGGUGUUCUGAUGAGCCAUGGCUUACAGUUACCAGAUGACCUUGUAUUUAUCAAGGAGCAGAUCAGAGGGCCAAUAACUGAGGCAAAGAGCAAUAAUGAGGCCUGCAAUACAAGGCACUCAGAGUGGCCAUACAAAGGCCGGCCCAGGGAGAAAUGUUUUCUGUAUGAAAUCGUCGCCAAUAAGAGAAAUGGGAUUGAUGUUGAUAAGUGGGAUUACUUUGCUAGGGACUGCCAUCACCUGGGAAUCCGGAACAACUUUGACUUUGCACGCUUCCUCAAGUUUGCUCGAGUUUGUGAGGUUGGCAAAAAGAAGCUUAUUUGCGCUCGAGAUAAGGAGGUUGGUGAUCUGUAUAACAUGUUUCACACACGUAACACUUUGCAUCGCAAAGCCUAUCAGCAUAGAGUGAGCAACAUUAUUGAGAGCAUGAUCACAGAGGCAUUGGUGCUGGCAGAUCCACAUAUCGAGAUAAGCGGUACAAAUGGGAAGCUUUAUACAAUCUCCACAGCAAUUGAUGACAUGGAAGCUUAUACCAAACUGACAGAUGAAAUCUUUCAACAAAUCCUGAAUUCCUCUAAACCAGAAUUGAAACCUGCACAGGAAAUUCUGAACAAUAUCAUUUGUCGCAAGCUGUACAAAUGGAUUGGUUUAACUCAACCAGAAGCUGAAACUACAAUUCAGCCAGAAGAGGCCAGUGAGAUGAAUCAUCAAGUCGCUGCAGCUAUCCCAUUGACACCUUUGGAUGUCCAACUUACUCCAGGAGAUUUCGUUGUAAAUGUUGUUCAGAUGGACUACGGGAUGGAAAAACAAAAUCCCAUUAACAAGGUCCGGUUCUACUGCAAGAGCAACCCCAGCCAGGCAUUUAAAAUCCGUAAAGACCAGGUGUCUCGGUUGCUGCCGGAGAGGUUUACAGAGCAGCUGAUCCAAGUGUACUGCAAGAAGACCGAUGGGCAGAGUGUGGAAGCGGCCAAGAAGCACUUUGUACAAUGGUGCAUCAACAGGAACUUUACUAAACCCAGGGAUGGUGAUGUUGUUGCUCCUGAGCUAACUCCACUGAAGCCCGAUUGGAAUGCUGACAGCAGUGACAGCGAUGACUCCGAUGCCAAAGAUGAUCCCCGGUUCCAUGGUCAUGCCAAUAGUGACAAGGCCAAGAUGCAGCUUUUCAAGUAGAGAGAGUGAGAAUUUCCUGUGAAUUCCAAGGGAUUUGUUAUAUUCCAAUAAUGGAGUUGCAUUGAUGUAGGAUCACUUGGACAGCUCAGGAUGUUUUGGUGCUUUUAAAACCAUUGUUUGGCUCCGAAUAUUUUCUCAUUUAACUGAAGAAAAGUAACCUUCAUGCAAAUAAAUCUAAAUCUAAAUGCCUUCAAGGCCGUUCGGUUAAGGAGGAAUGUUUGGUUUGAUAAAACCAAUGCUUCAGCGAGCAAUUGCUUGCCCAUUAUAAUAGGCAUCAACCGCAAGAAAUGGAAAUUUUUUUUUCCAUUUCGCUUAACAUGUCAUAGCUGGUUUCCAUGGGAACGUUGCUGAGGGGCCUUUGAUGGGAUUCACUCCUAAAAUUGAAGCAUUUUUCCUGCCAGUUAUUUGCUAUUUCUUUGGUUUCUUUCUGGUUAAAUAGUGCUCGGAGGGAGCAAUGAAGUUUCCAUUGCUAAGACAGAAUGUAGCAUUGUGAAAGGAGGGGAGUUGCCUGUUUCUCAUCAAUGUGCAAAUCUAAGGAUUAUGUGACCUAGUGUCUUCUGCCCACAGAAAUGUGCGCGUUUAAGGUCGUAAGAAGCUUUUGUCAUAGGUUUGGUUGCCUUUACAUCAUUGAACAAAUAGGCAGAAGAGUGUUGGACAUGGCAUCCUGCAACUAUAUAUUAUUGCUUAUCUGAGGAAGUAUAGCUAGUGUUAUCGACGUUGUGAAUGCUUAAUAUGUUAUCUUGUCAAUGUUCAAUUUAAAGUAUUUUAAUACAAAAUUAAUGCCCAACUUUAGUCAACUGGAGCCUUGGGGAAAUUAGAUGAAGCCAGUAAUGGUGCCUCUUCCUGCACAAUUAAAGCGAGGCUGAUUGUGGUUUGGGUUCCUAAUGUAAUUGCCUUGUUAGUAUCUGAUUGGUGAACAUUGCCGUGGGAGGUCAGUGGUCAGUAUAUGGCCCAGUGAUGAAGAUCCAGGUCAUUGCACUGAAUAUAAUCCAGGGUUGCUAGGAGCUGCAUUAUUCUGGCAAGUAUUUCUAUUGCCAAGGUUAGGAUCACAUUUGUACAUUUAGUUAUUGUAGGUAUUGUACCACUCGGAUUACCCAGGACAAAUGACAUUCCUGGUUUGACCAGUAACCUUUUUCAGGGGUUUGAAGCUGCAUUUUGCUUUGACUGGAAUUCCUUCUGGACUUUACAGGUGGAAUCACCUGACGUUUACAGUGAUUUAUGACUUGGAGUUUUUUUGAGAUAAGCUUAAGAUGAGAAGCUUCUGUUGCACUGUAGAAGCCAGUGGACUGAACAUGUAGCUUUGAGAUACUUACACAUAUAUGUAGGGUGAAUAAGUGUGUAAGCUUUUUUAAAAAUUCAGAUCAGUAAAACUUGUCAAAAACUCCUCAUUUCCCCCUUCCCAUAUUCUCUUGUCCCUUGACGUUCAGCCGUCUCGGAAGUAACUUCUGUGCAUUUAAAUUAAGCCAACGUUUCUCAACUCCACUGCAGAACAGCAUUGAUUUCUGAUUUGGGAAAUUGGUGUAAUGCAUUAGCCAAAUGAGGCUUAAGUAUUGUUUGAGAACUCCAAGCUGGUGUAGGAAAGCAUCCUCAACUCCCAAAACCUUCCUCUAGAGACCUGAAUAGGAACACAUUGUUCCAGUCUAAUGUCAAUCCACAAUUUAUCAUUCCUAGCCCUGAAGUAUAAGAUCCUAUCACAUACAAAUCUUUAUUCCAAAUGUGGAGAUUUUUCAUGUAAGAGCUACCUCUCAUCACAAAGACCUUUUCCCCAUGGGCAUUAAAAGAGAAUGUGACCAGACACCAAGUAUUUUUAAGGAAUGAUGAAUAUUUUUAUACCCCAAAGUCUUGGGUGUUUACUGACCCUGGGAGUAAAUAGAAAGUAUGCAUUUCGGUUUUAACAAUUGUACUGUGAUGUGCUUUCAUGUACAGUAUACCUGUAUCUGCACACACUGAAUCUAAUUUUCAAUAUAGUCCUUCCUCUUCCUGAUUUGUGUAAAAUUUUAGCCAUGUACACACACAAUGGUGGGAAUUUUAAAGAAGUUAUAAAUAAUGUUGGUAACAGAAUUCAGUAACUCCACAACUACAAGGAAAAUAAACCUGUGGGCCUUUGUCCUAAAUUCAUUAGAUUAGGGACAAAGGGUAUAAUUUGUUAAGACACUGAACUGCCUGCUGUCUGUUUCUAAGGGGGCGUGUGCAUGAUACAGAACCAGCUAGAAUUAUUCCCCACACCAUCUUCCUUUUGUUUUCUUGCUUUGUUGCCAAGUGGGAGAAGGGAGAAAGUGUUCUGGUUGAACAGCUCAAGCAUAUUCUAUGCAGUUUAAUGAUACCAGACCAGGCUUGUAGACCAUGCCAGAUCAAUUGAUAAGAAUUUGACAGGCAGCUUGUUCCUAAUGAAUAAACUGAAACUUAGACCAACUUGGUCUAACUCCACUGCGUACUGUUCCAAGACGACACACAAUCAUAAGAACAUAGGAGCAGGAGUAGGCCAUUCAGCCCAUCAAGCCUGCUCUGCUAUUCAAUAUGAUCAUGGCUGAUCAUCCACUUCAAUGUCUUUUUCCCACAUUAUCUCUGCAUCUCUUUAUGUGAUUAGUAUUUCAAAAUCUGUCAAUCUCUGCUUUAAAUAUACUCGAUGACUGAGCUUCCACAGUCCUCAGGGGUAGAGCAUUCCAAAGAUUCACAACCCUCUGAGUUAAAGAAAUUUCUCCUCACCUUGGUCCUAAGUGGCCUCCCCCUUAUUUUGAAAUUGUGUCACCUGGCUCUAGACUCCCCAGCUAGGUGAAACAUCUUACCUGCAUCUACCCUGUCUAUUCCUUCUAAAUAUUUUGUAAGUUAUGUGUGCAGCGUACAUGUAACUGCACACAUUAAAUCUAAUUUUCAAUAUGGCGCCUCCUCUUUUCCUGGUUUGAACGUUUAGCCAUGUGUACAGACAAUAGUGGGGAUUUUCAAUUCAGUACCAUCAGUAUCACAAUCAGAUUUAGCUUGCUAAUAAGCAAGUAGUAUGGAGCAUUUGGGCAGAGGUUCCCUUAUCUCCUUCCAUUAAUGUCUCUUAGGUGGCUUUCGAUAUACUAAAUAAAUGCAGGUUGUUGUAUGGAAGCAAGACAUGCCCUCUCAGGGCAAACACAUUUGCAAAAACCAGUUGAAUCCUGGCAUCGCCCAGAGGCAGUGAGGGAGGUCCAGGAGUGGAUGGCAUAGCUACCCUUGGCACAAGGGUUAAUGUGGGUGGACGUGGUGUUUGGGAGGGAGUUCUGGCUGUAACUGUUCCAUUUACUCUCUGUACAUAAUUAUAUUAGAAUAUAUUCAGGAAUAGUAUAAUGCAUAAAUAAUUCACUAUAAUGCCAGAAAGACAAUGUUUGUUAUUGACCUCUCCAUGGACAGCUAAGUGCCAUGUUCCAGGUGCUGAAUUGUUAUUUUUGUUCCUCCAUUUUAUUGGAGACGAGGAUAAUAAUAAAAGUGACCUGACUGUUGACCACAUGAUGCUGUCAGCCUGAGAAAUAUCUCCUUCAAGCCAGGUCAUGUAAUUAGCUAGUUUCUAAUUUUUUAGUAUACAGUUUAACUCACAGUCAUUCAUUUUUUUUUAUGUCCCUCAUUAUUUUUAGGGAUGGUUAAAAGUUCUAGAAUAUUAGUUAGCUAAUCAUAUUUUUACAAAUACUUCUAAAUGCUGUACUUGGGACCAAUUGUGUUCUGAUCAGGUAUUUUACAAACUAGGAGUUAAAAUAGCCAUUUUGCAAUUUUGUAUAACGUAGUCUGUUUAAUUAUACAGCAAUAAAGGGGAAAAGUUGAAAAUAAAAUCUAUCCUUUGCAGAA